AUGAGUGUGAUAACAUGGAAUGUUAGGGGGUUGAAUAAAACUUAUAAGCAAAAUGAGGUAUUGGAGUUCAUAAAAGGAAAUAAUAAAGCAAUAAUAGCUUUGGUUGAACAUAGAGUAAAAGAGCACAAAACUAAUAAGGUAAUUAAGAAGAUUGCAUCUGGAUGGAAGUGGACAUCCAACUCUAGUACAAGGCACAAAAGUAGAAUAUGGGUAAUUUGGGACCCUAGGAUCUAUACAUUUGAACCAGUUGAAGUUGAUGAACAAUUGAUACAUGGCCAGAUUAGAAUAAUCUCAAAGUCAAUCACAUUUGGAUUCUCAGCAAUAUAUGGCUUGCAUACCAUCAAAGAUAGAUUGAAUUUGUGGAAGAAGUUGAGGCAGAUUCAUAGUAUGCAACAAGGUCCUUGGCUAGCUAUGGGGGAUUAUAAUGCAGUAUUACAUGCACAAGACAGACAACAUGGAUCUGAGAUUCAAGAUGUGAAGACAAAAGAUUUUAAGGAGUAUAUGAAUGAUACUGGGAUGAAUGAAUUACAAUAUGUGGGAAGGAAUUACACAUGGACAAACAACCAUACUUAUAGCAGGAUAGACAGGGCUCUUGUGAAUGCUAGCUGGAUGAUGACAAUGCCAAACUUGAAAGUACAGGUGCUAGAGCCUCUUGUGUCUGAUCACUCACCACUAAAAUUAAUGAUCACUCAGGUACAGGGAAAGAAGAACAGACCAUUCAGAUUUUUCGACUGUAUAGCUGAUCAUCCCCAAUUCACACAGCAAGUGGAGCUAGCUUGGAAAGAAAGGGGUACAAGAGGGAAGAUGCAGGCAGUCUGGGAUAACCUUAAAAAGACAAAGGAGGUCAUCAAAGAGAUAAACAUACAGCACUUUAAAGGGGUUGAUGAAAGGAUUGAAGAGACCAGGAAGGAGCUACAGAUAGUACAAGAGGAAAUGAGCUAUAGACUACAGAACAUAGAGUUAAUAGAUAAGGAGAAAGCCUUGAAAUGUGAAUUAGAAAAAUGGGUAAUGAUCGAAGAGAGUAUAUACAAGCAAAGAUCCAGAGUUCAAUGGCAGAAGCUGGGGGAUUCAAACUCAGCCUAUUUCUUUGCACAGAUGAAGAAUAGGUGA